AUGUCCUUACUCGACGAAGUAACCUCAAACACCCUCAACACUCUCAACGCAACGUCUUGUCCAUCAGCCGAUCGGUUGGUGAAGAAGGCUGAAAAUGUGCUCUCCAAGAAACUUCAUUUUGGAAAUAGGAAUAAGGAUGCACAAAAGUAUUAUGAACAAGCAGCAGAGAUUUAUAUGCAAAGUAACAUGUACUCCAUGGCCGGAGAGGCCUACAUGAAAUCGGGAGAGUGUUUUGAAGCUCUUGGAGAACCAACUCGGGCAGCAAACACCUUCUCUGUUGCAAGUGAAGCCUUUAUGAAUGAUGCCAUGUUUGAUCACUCGAAAGAUACAUUUGAAAAGUCGCUCCAUGCUCUCCAACGAGCAAGUGUCUUGUACAAUGAGAAUGGGCAAACGGCACAAGCAGCCCGAAAGGAAAAAGCCAUUGCAGAGAAAUUGAGUGAGGAAUCCAUAACGGACAUUGAUAUUUUACAUUUGGCCAUUGAGGCUUAUCGGCGGGCAGCCGAGUUGUUCGAGUUUCAACAAGCGUAUGCCACGGUGAAUGCAUGCUUGGAACAAAUUGGCUAUUUGUAUGUGCGUGUGAAUGAGUAUGUGGAAUCGAGCAAAGUAUGGGAGGAAAUUCUGAAUUCAGAGUGGAACCGAGGAAACUCCACGACAGGACAGUCCUCUCUCAUUCGUCAUUUGGAAACCAAAUACAUGUUUUAUAGCUUACUGACAAGACUGGCUGGAAUGAAAGAAGACUAUGACAGUGAGGAUUUGGACUCGUUCUGGAUGGAAUUAGAGAAUUUUGAAGAGAGAGGACAAAGUUUCGGGAAGAGUCGAGAAUUUGAACUGUUGGUCGGAGUCUAUCAAGCCUUCAAGGAACGAGAUUUGAAAGUAUUCUUGAGGGUGGUGAAGAAGACUCUCGAAGUUGCCAAACUGGACGAAUGGUCAAAGCAAAUACUCUUGCACAUUCGAAAGAAGUUGGAGAAUGCCAUCCAUUGUUCGAGUAUUGACGAGGACGAGGAUGGAGAGGUGGAUUUGACUUGA